AUGCACCCUCAGAAUGGCGCGAGGAACAAGAACAAGAUCGAUAAGCGCGACUUCGACGCCAACAGGCCUCUUUUAGCCGACCAUGACAGUAUGGAUGAGGAGACCGCACCGAUAUCCAGACUAUCUGCAGACAGCGAUGCCACAGAUCAACCGGGCGAAGGCUUGCUCAACCAUGUGGUUGAGAACAUAGUUGAGCGAGACCGGCAAAAGAUGAAGAAGGAAAUCAUCCGAAUACUGAGCUUUGUAUGGAGUGUCGUAAGCUGUCUCGGUGCCGGUAGCAUCACCGCGUUUUCUUUGUACGGACCGCUCCUACUCACCCGCUUACAUUAUUCGCAAGACCGCGUUAAUGGAGUAGCCGUUGCCGCCGAGGUGGCCAUGUACCUACCCGUGCCGAUAUUCGGGUACAUGUGCGAUCGGUACUCUCCGUCGCCCGUUUCGCUGCUUGCCGGCAUCUUCUUUGGCGCGGGAUAUCUACUUGCUGCACUGGCUUAUAGGAGCGGUCCUCCCGUAGACGUGGGCGGAUCCGGGUGGCCAUAUUGGGUCAUGGUUGCAGCUUUUGUCUUGGUGGGCAUGGGAACCUGUUGUCUCUAUGGUGCCGCCGUGACGGCUUGCGCGAAGAACUUUGGCAGGGGGAAAUACAAGGGUAUCAUGUUGGCAGUGCCUAUCGCGGCGUUUGGAUUGAGUGGCAUGUGGCAGAGCCAGAUUGGUAGUCGUCUGUUGUGUGAGAGACGGCCGGAUGGCUCAUGUGGUGAUGCGGUAGAUGUCUUUCGCUACUUCAUCUUUUUGUCUGUCAUGUUACUCGUCAUUGGUCUAGGCGGCACUGUAGCGCUGCGUAUAGUCGACGAUGAGGAAGAAGAGAAGUAUAUCGACGAGGCUGUGUCGGAAUUGGAGCGGAGUGGUAUAUUGGGAGAGGAUGGCUUUUUCCGUCCCCGUGAAGAAGUUAGAGCGGCAUAUGGGACGUUUCAAAGAGAAGAUAAUGAUGCUUCCGCGGCCGACGACGAUGAUGAUAACAGGUCUAUGACGCUCUCGGAAGAAGAGCGUCAGAAGAAGAAUUGGCUUCUGAACCAAGAGACCAGGCUGUUCUUCAAGGAUCAUACUAUGUGGUGGCUCGCUGCAGGGUUUUUCCUUGUGACCGGCCCGGGAGAAGCAUAUCUGAACAACCUGGGGACGGUUAUCCAUUCCUUAACCCCAAUAUCAUACCCUCUCCUGUCACCACCACCAGCCGGCUCAGCCUCAACACACGUUAGCAUAAUCGCCAUCACAUCAACAAUAGCGCGUCUCUUUGUCGGCUCGAUCACAGACAUCUUCGCGCCUCCAGCCACCCACCAAUUCAUAUAUAGCCUUGACAACCCAAAUCGCCAGCCGGUACCACACCCCACCAACCGAGGAUACAAAGGCAUCACCAUGUCCCGCCUCACUUUCCUUCUUCCCUCCGCCUUCAUACUUUCUCUGGGCUUCCUCAUUCUCGCCUCCCCACUGAUAACAGCCCACCCGGCCCUAUUCCACCUCACCAGCGCUUUCGUAGGCUUUGGUUAUGGUGCCUCCUUUGCCCUAAUGCCCAUCAUAAUCUCCGUGGUAUGGGGCGUUGAGAAUUUCGGCACUAAUUGGGGUAUUGUAGCUAUGGUGCCUGCUGCGGGAGCUGCAUUCUGGGGGUUUGUCUACUCAAAAGCGUAUCAGGGUGCUAUUGACCCGAUAAACGAGCCUGUAGAUCGGCUGGGACAGUGUAUUGGGUGGAGAUGUUUUGGGUUUUGGGCUGUGGGUUGUAUGAUUAGUGUGUGGAUGGCGAUUGUUGUUUGGAUGGUUGCUUGGAGAGGGUGGAGGAAGAGGGGUGUUGUUGUGUAG